CCGGCCUGGGCGCUGCAGCCGGCGUGCUGGGAAGGGUGGCUGCCUGGGGCUCGGCGCGCCAGCCUCAGUUUCCCGUUUUGUGCAGGAAGGGACGGGGUGGGCAUCACUGACUUUGUCACAAGCCUCCCCGUCCUUUUUAAAAAUCAUCACUCAGGAGAGCUCUAGGAAAAAUAAAUAAAAUUAGUUGACGAUCUUUAAAUGCCUACCUUGGGGCUGAGGCGUCCAGGGCCCUUGAGAGGUACAGAAUUCUGGGGGAACCGCGCUGGGCCGGAACAGGGAAGUGACACGGCGCUCUUGAGAAGUCAGAUUUGCGGGCGAUGUUUUUGUGCUAAUGUGGCAUGAGUCCUGGAGGCCUCCUCCACGUGGGCUACAUGGGGGAGGUAAAUGCUAUGACACAUGGCUCAGAAUUCUGCCCCCCCCACACCCCAACAGUUUGAGCUUUUAAAUCUGAGGUAUUAUUUUUAUAGCUCCAUACCUCUCUUUGGCCAUAUCUGCUUAGGGUAAAAGCGAGCCACGUGUUUACUGGGACUGAUGAAAUUCUAGCCAGGGGUUCUUGUUGGGGGUGUGGGGGAAGGGACAUGCUCCUGUGCACCCCUCAUCCCUCUACCAGUCCCCCCAGCUGGAAAUGGGGACAUCUGAUGAUACAGAGCAAAGAAAUGGCAUUUUCCUUUGAGCGCUGAUUAAACUAGCUGGAAAGCUGUCUUACUCUGCUGACUUUAUUUACUGUACUGGCGCUUUUUGUUCACUGUUUCCAUUAAAACCCUGUGUUACUCAGGGAGACUAAUGUGGCCCCCGGGGCUUUUCUCUUCUUCCUACUAGUUGUAGGCAAAUACCCUCAUCCCGCUGUGAGGACAGAUGAAGAUGAUGCUCACUUUCCCUGUCUGAGCUUUACCCCAGGGCUGUCCAGCCUUUCCCGGGGUCCAGCAGCUGGACAUGGAGACCCAGCGCUCAUCACCUCUGUCAUUCCCCAACGUCCUGCAAGAAGAGACCCCACGUCAGGCCCCUGCCGGGCUCCCCCGAGAAACUCUGUUCCCAUCCCGUGUUCUGCCCCCCAAAGAAAUUCCUUCUUUGUCUCCUGGGCCCCGGCAAGGCUCCCUGCCUCAGACACCUGGUGUGCCCAAGCAAGAGACUGCCGGCCGGAUGCCGCCUGUGCUCCAGAAGAGACCCUCACUCCUGUAUCCUGCCGCUUCUGGGCCAGAAGGUCAUCUCCAGGGCCCCCUGACACCCCAAGAGGAGACCCAGUACCCGCCCCCAGCUGCUGAGCAAGACACCUCACUGCUGUCCCACCAUCACGAAGCCUCACUCCACUCCCCCGAGGUUCCUGAGAAAGACCCUCUGACUCUUUCCCCCACGGUUCCUGAGACCGACAUGGACCCCCUGCUCCAGAGCCCGGUUUCCCAAAAGGACACCCCUUUCCAGCUCUCGUCCGCAGCCCAGAAGGACACGCCCCUGCCGACGGCAGAGAUCACCCGCUUGGCCGUGUGGGCUGCUGUCCAGGCGGUGGAGAGGAAACUGGAGGCCCAGGCCAUGCGGCUCCUGACCCUGGAGGGCAGGACGGGCACCAACGAAAAAAAGAUAGCCGACUGCGAGAAGACGGCCGUGGAGUUUGCGAACCAUCUGGAGAGCAAGUGGGUGGUGCUGGGGACGCUGCUGCAGGAGUACGGGCUGCUGCAGCGCCGGCUGGAGAACAUGGAGAACCUGCUGAAGAACAGAAACUUCUGGAUCCUGCGGCUGCCCCCCGGCAGCAACGGAGAAGUUCCCAAGGUCCCUGUCACAUUUGAUGACGUCGCCGUCCAUUUCUCGGAGCAGGAGUGGGGGAACCUGUCCGAGUGGCAGAAGGAGCUGUACAAGAAUGUGAUGCGGGGCAACUAUGAGUCCCUGGUCUCCAUGGACUACGCCAUCUCCAAGCCGGACCUCAUGUCGCAGAUGGAGCGCGGGGAGAGGCCGACCAUGCAGGAGCAGGAAGACUCCGAGGAGGGUGAGCCGCCCGCCGACCCCAGUGCUGCACAUGACGGGAUCGUGAUUAAGAUCGAGGUGCAGACCAAUGAUGAGGGCUCGGAGAGCCUGGAGACGCCCGAGCCCCUGAUGGGCCAGGUGGAGGAACACGGCUUCCCAGACUCGGAACUGGGGGACCCGUGCGGGGAGCAGCCGGACCUGGACCUGCCCGAGCAGGACGGCGCGCUGGAGGAGUCCACUGAGGGCUCGGGCGAGUUCAGCGAGCUCAAGCAGAUGCUGGUGCAGCAGAGGGGCUGCGCAGAGGGCAUCGUGAUCAAAACCGAGGAGCAGGAGGACGAGGAGGAGGACGAGGAGGAGGAGGAGCUGCCGCAGCACCUGCAGGCCCUCGGGCCGCUGUCCGCCAGGUACGAGGCCGGCAUGUACCCGCCGCCGCUGCCCGGGGAGCUGUCCCCCGAGGGCGCCGAGAGCCCCCCGCCCCUGCAGCUGGGCGGCCCGGCGGUGAAGCGGCUGGCGCCCGCCGCGCACGGGGAGCGCCACCUGGGCGAGGGCCGGGGCGGCGCCGGCCAGCAGCAGCGCAACCGGCGCGGGGAGCGGCCCUUCACCUGCAUGGAGUGCGGCAAGAGCUUCCGCCUGAAGAUCAACCUCAUCAUCCACCAGCGCGGCCACAUCAAGGAGGGGCCCUACGCGUGCGCCGAGUGCGAGGUCAGCUUCCGCCACAAGCAGCAGCUCACGCUGCACCAGCGCAUCCACCGCGCGCGCGGCGGCUACGCGUCCCCUGAGCGCGGGCCCGGCUUCGCGCCCAAGCACGCGCUCAAGCCGCGCCCCAAGUCGCCCAGCUCGGGCGGCGGCGGCGGGCCCAAGCCCUACAAGUGCCCCGAGUGCGACAGCAGCUUCAGCCACAAGUCCAGCCUGACCAAGCACCAGAUCACGCACACGGGCGAGCGGCCCUACACGUGCCCCGAGUGCAAGAAGAGCUUCCGCCUGCACAUCAGCCUGGUGAUCCACCAGCGCGUGCACGCCGGCAAGCACGAGGUCUCCUUCAUCUGCAGCCUGUGCGGCAAGAGCUUCAGCCGCCCGUCGCACCUGCUGCGCCACCAGCGGACUCACACGGGCGAGCGGCCCUUCAAGUGCCCCGAGUGCGAGAAGAGCUUCAGCGAGAAGUCCAAGCUCACCAACCACUGCCGCGUGCACUCGCGCGAGCGCCCGCACGCCUGCCCCGAGUGCGGCAAGAGCUUCAUCCGCAAGCACCACCUGCUGGAGCACCGGCGCAUCCACACGGGCGAGCGGCCCUACCACUGCGCCGAGUGCGGCAAGCGCUUCACGCAGAAGCACCACCUGCUGGAGCACCAGCGCGCGCACACGGGCGAGCGGCCCUACCCCUGCACGCACUGCGCCAAGUGCUUCCGCUACAAGCAGUCGCUCAAGUACCACCUGCGGACCCACACGGGCGAGUGAGCCCCCGCGCCCGCCCCUCGGACGCCCCGGAC